AUGCCUCCAAUCAUCGAAGUCCUCCCUUCGAAGGGAAACAAAGGCACCACCGGCGCCUCCUCAUGGUACUACUCCACCGCACCGCCUGCACAAUCCGUCUCCGCCAUGCCAAAACCCGAAGACCUUCGCGCUCGUAAGGCUAAAACAACUGCAAAUGCCAACCUUGGCGGUGGUGGCGCUGCAAACCCCAAUACUACUGGUGGUGGUGCUGGUGGUGCAAAUGAUGGCGAUAUCGAGAAUGUAAAGCUCGACGUCGCAACAACCCGCCGAAUCAACGAACUCGAAAAGGUCAACUGGCAUGACGUCCAAAUCAAGAUCGAUCAACCGUUUUCUUCGAAACGACCGACUUCGCAGAACGUACGUCGGAUCGUAGCUUCGCAGAAGACGUUCCAGAAUCAUCUUUCGGACGAUAUUGCAAAUCAUGAGAUUCAAGCUCAGAAUCCGUUGUACAAACCGGAACCUUACGAUCCUGCCACCACUCCGCUGGGGUACACGAAGAGCGUGGCAGAGCCUCCAGCAAAUAAUGCAACGAGAUACAGAAGGUUUUGCGAAAUUUGUGGAUAUUGGGGGACUAUUGGCUGCAUGAGGUGUGGGGUUAGGCUGUGCUCUGGGGAAUGUGAGGUCACUCAUCGGGAGGCGAGAUGUACGAGAAAGUUCUGA